AUGGGGUCGACUUCCGCAGCCGCAGGCCUGCUGGCGCGGCAGCUGAAACAAAUGAAGAAUGAUAAAGACAUUCCAGGCAUCUCUUGCGGCCUCGUUGAUAACAAUGUCUUCGAGUGGGAGGUCAUGCUAAUGAUUAACGAUGAUUGCAAGUACUAUGGCGGUGGCUUCUUCCGUGCCGUCCUUACAUUUCCAACAGACUAUCCACUGCUACCACCUAAAAUGCGAUUCACAACUCCAAUAUGGCACCCCAAUAUAUAUCACCCGUCCGGCGACGUAUGUAUAUCAAUCCUGCACCCACCAGAAGACGACAAGUAUGGCUAUGAGACGGCAGCCGAGAGAUGGACUCCUGUACAGAGUCCCGAGACUAUACUGUUGAGCGUCAUCAGUAUGUUGUCCAGUCCAAACGAUGAGAGUCCCGCAAAUGUCGAUGCGGCCAAGAUGUGGCGCGAGGACCCAAAGGAGUUUAGGAAGAGGUGUAGAAAGAUUGUGAGAGAGAGUCUGGGCGAUGAGUGA